UGCAUUCUCGAGAUCGUCGAAACUGUUGUUACCGCUCUGUGGAGAUGUUGGGGAGGCGUUAUUAAUAUUGGGCGUCGCAGUCGCAGAGUUGGUUGGGGAGAUCUGCUGAGUCUGCGAGUUGAAGAGGGUGUACUGUGAAGGGGACGCUGUGAACUGUGGCACAGGGAAUUCCGAUGCCAUGGCAGUCAUGGGUUUCUGUGGAGUGUCGACCUUAUCGUCGAUUGUGGAGGAGGAAGAGCUCAGGAUGGGCUGGUUGGGUUUCUCGAGAAACAUUCAGUCGACUGAAAGCGGAAUUCGAUAUCGAGAGAACCGGGAACUCGUGCAUGAGAGGGGCCACACUUGUGCCAGAGCAAAUGCGACAAUGCCACAGUCGGGUUUCCGCCGCCAGCUCACCGAGCUACAAUCACGUUGCGGGUAUCGUAGGCGUAGUCGCUCCCUUCUGUCGUGCAGCCUCGCGGUAGCACAAACGAAGAUGAUAACUCUGGAAACACCAAUGGGCCACGUUCCGACGGGCGGUGGGACUGUGGUUGUCAACGGCGAAGUGUGCGACGUUGGGUUUCUGUUACAGCAAAAUAUCGUGGCUUCGGUGGGUGUUCUAUUCCCGGGCCGGCGCCGAAAGAUGGCGAGGGAAUGGGGAAUUGAUAAGCCCACAAUCCGGUCGCAAUCCGGUCAAAUCCGGUCGCAAUCUGAUGUCUCACUCUGGAGGGUUCAGCGACAACGCGGCCGAUGCGGUACUCGAAGGCUGCGAGGGCUGGUGUUGUCGAGAGUCGAGAUCGCAGAGGCAAAGACGUGCAGGAGUGGAGGGUAGGUACAUAGAAGUAAUACCAGCACGCUCUAUGAUGGCACUAGGUUCUGGAGAUAGCCCAAAAUUAUCAACCAGUUCGGUCUCAUUGGCUGAUGGCAUGGAUUGCUGGGGCAAUAUCGGAGGGAGGAGGACUCAGGGUGGUCU